CAGUGGGAGUGCGGGGGCCCUGCGAGGGGCGGCGACAGGGACGCAGGAGGCAGACGGUGGGGAGGGGACCGAAGGCACCGGAACGCGGGAGGGGCAGCAGCGUGGUCCCUGGGACAAGCUGAGCUAGAAGCGCGAGAAAGAGAGCAACGGCGUGACCAGUGAGCAACUAAGAGACUGACACCAGAAAAGGGAUCUGUAGGGGACAGAGACGGCGACAGGGAGGACGGGUGUGGGGAAUAGAGUUCUGCACCAGGAAGAAAGGCGGGACGUGGAGCAGAGAACAGCAGGCUUGAGGAUCGCUGUGCCCUGCUUACAGGUAGUUCGUCUACCUUGUAACAAUAGUUCUAGCAGUCCCUAACCCAGGACCAGUCCCCAGGCCAGCCUAGCCUAGAAAAAUGAUGACCCCAGAAUCAGGAAGCUGAGAGAGGUCAGCGAAGGGAGGCCGCCCACCUGGCGCUUCACCCGGAGUUUCACUUCCGUCCCUGGUAAGUGGGCACCAGGGUUGGAAGGAAGGCACCCAACGCUGACAAGGAUGGCGCAGCUGGCUGGGGUAGAGGAGAGUGAAGAUACUUGGUGAUCGUUUGUCCUCUCUCCACCUGUGCCACCUCCAGUCCAGUGACAGGAACGCGUUCACUAGCGCCUCAGUCAGCCUCUUUCUGCCAUCUGCUGGCAGCAAGACAGAAAGACAGGAGCAGGUGCCCGUUUUGUUUGACCACCACCGGCCCCUAUGCCACCUAUUCUGCCUCGGUGGUGACUUAGUCUUUCUCUACUACUUCUUCCUGGCCAGGGUUGGUCCAGCCCUCUCCAGGCAGGGCCUGAGUCACUCCCCAGGCAGGAGAACUGGGGAGGGCGGUGCAAGCCCACAGUCACAAGGGACAUACCCAGGCUGCAGAACCCUGCUGCCCACACCCCAACCGGGCAGGCUUUUCCCAGACUCCCUUCCCAUCUAUACAUAAGGAAAGUGGGCAGCUGAACCCAGUGCAUCACAGGAAACCACGUCACUCCCGAGUCUCCAUGGCAGAAGAGGAGACCAUCCUCCAGAUCACCAGGAACCUGAAAAAUGCUGUCUCCGCCAUCCUCCAGGGAUACGGGGAUGGGCAGGGGCCCGUGACAGACACCAGCGCUGAGCUACACAGACUCUGUGGCUGUCUGGAGCUGCUACUGCAGUUUGACCAGAAAGAGCAGAGGAGCUUCCUGGGGGCUCGGAAGGAUUACUGGGAUUUCCUCUUCACUGCCCUGCGACGACAGCGGGGAUGCAUGGAGCAGAUCAGCUUUGUAUGCUCACAGAACAAGCUGAAGACCUCUCUGGGAAAGGGUCGUGCCUUUAUCCGGCUCUGCCUUGCCCGUGGACAGCUGGCAGAGUCAAUGCAGUUGUGCCUCCUGAGCCCAGAUCUCACUAGGGAAUGGUAUGGUCCCCGGAGCCCUCUGUUGUGCCCUGAGCUCCAGGAAGACAUCUUGGACUCUCUCUAUGCCCUCAAUGGAAUUGCCUUCAACCUGGACCUGCAGCGGCCAGACCUGGAUGAAGACUGGCCCAUGUUCUCAGAGUCCCGCUGCUCCAAUCCCAGCCGGACCCAGGAAAGGAGACCCAGAAAGCCCGAAGGAUUUCCAAAGGAGGCAAGCUGCUCCAGAGGAGAACAGCUACAGGGACCAGAUGUCCAUGGAACCAGCUGUCUGCAAGACACACCCAGAGAAGACCGCCAACCUGACCUCCCUACCCCCUUGCAGCAUGGCCAUCUUCCCACCUCUUUGGAAAAGAAGAGAGGGGAUACCAGGAGCCUCAGUUGUCCCCAGCGCAUUAGGGAAACAGAAGGGGAGGGGUUUCAGCUAGACCAGAAGGAGGAAGGCCCAAAGAACAGAAAAUCCCCAAAGAAUUCAGCAGCCAGCAGCCAGCCACAGAGGGAGGGAGCUAAGGAGGCUCAAAAGGAGGUGACAGGAAUGGAAGAUGGAGGCACAGGAAGUCUGACGAUGACAGAAGGCCAGAGAACAACAGAAGGGACCCAGGAGAGGGAAGCAGACUGGGACCAUGACCAAGGGCUGCUGGCCCCCAGCCUUCAAGGAGGGGUAGACAACAGAGCAUUCAGGAACAGGCCGGGGUGGGAUCAGCCUAGUGUUCUAGGGCAGCCCUGGGUCCUGCAAGGCCUGGGAAUACAGAAAGACUCCUCCAUAGAGAAGCCACAAGAGUGGACAGGAGUGAGCAGUAUGAGUAGGCAGGAGGAUCGAGCAGAAGAGCCAUUGCAGGAGGUGGUCAAGGACCCCAGGUAUGAGCUCCAGCUGGCAAAGGAACAUGCCCAGCGCCAGGAGCAGCUGCUGCAGGCACAGGAAAGAGAGCUGCAGACGCUCCAGGAGCAACUCAGCAGGUGUGAGGCAGAAAGAGCCCAGUUGCAAAUGAUGCUGGAACAGAAGCAGCAGGAGGCUGAGAGGAGGGACGCCAUGUAUGAGAAGGAGCUGGAAGGGCAGAGGGACCUGGUCCAGGCCAUGAAAAGGAGGGUGUUGGAACUGAUUCACGAGAAGGACCACCAGUGGCAGAGGCUCCAGCAGCUGUCUACCGUGGCCGCUGGACACUGCAUGGACUGCAACAAGGUCUUCAGGCGUCUGUCUCGGCGGUAUCCCUGCAGGCUCUGUGGAGGCCUGGUGUGCCACGCCUGCUCUGCAGACUACAAGAAGAGAGAGCACUGCUGCCCAGCCUGUGCCCAGCGGGAAGAAAUCCAGAUCAGCUGACUGAAAUCACAAGAGGAGCCUAAGACAGCCACCCCCUCCACCUCCCAGCUCACUCCCUCCCUGAAGUCUGACCACGCUUUUCUUCUGGAAGCUGGUGAGCUGAGGCACCAGCACAGCUGUGAGGGGUGGGAGAGAACCGCUGGCUGUCCACAGAUAGACUUAGUGCUGGCUGUCCACAGAUAGACUUAGCUCUGCCUUCCUGUGGAAGGGGCUGAGUGGAACAUGCCUCAACUCUAGAAGCUUGCAUCUGAUGCGAGAAAGACAGACUAUGAACUCUUUGUAAAGUUCUUAGAGACACAGUGAGUCCGUGACCAUGAAUAAGAACAGCCCGAGCCCAGCUGUUUCCUAUCCACACUCCCUCCC